AUGGAUGAAGCAAGAGAGGAUAAGGUGUAUGUCGCGAAAAUCUGUGAACAGGCUGAGCGUUAUGAUGAGAUGGUUAAAGCUAUGAUUGAAGUAGCCAAGAUGAGUGAAGGUGAACUGACAGUUGAAGAACGAAAUCUCCUUUCUGUUGCCUUCAAAAAUGUUAUUGGAGCUCGCAGAUCCUCCUGGCGAAUACUUAAUUCUAUUGAAUCUAAGGAGGAGGCCAAAGGAUCUGUUAACCUGGAAAUAAUCAAGCUUUGUCAAAGUAACGUUGAAAAGGAAUUGAACGAAAUAUGUACAAGUAUUUUAAACCUGCUGGAUGAAUAUUUGUUACCGAAAGCUACAUCGAAAGAGUCACUAGUUUUCCUGCACAAGAUGAAAGGUGAUUAUCAUCGGUAUAGGGCCGAGUUUUCAGUUGGCGACGAAAGAAAGGCUGCUGCAGAAAGUAGUCUUGUUGCAUACAAAGAAGCUACACAAAUCGCUAACGAACUAGCUUGUACCCAUCCAAUUCGAUUGGGUCUUGCUCUAAACUUCUCUGUGUUUUAUUAUGAGAUUCUCAACAACCGAGAUAGGGCUUGUCAACUAGCAAAGACUGCUUUCGACUUGGCUAUCGCCGAACUGGAUACAUUAUCUGAAGAGAGUUAUAAAGACUCAACCAUCAUUAUGCAGCUUUUGCGGGAUAAUCUUACACUUUGGACUUCAAGUACAUGUGAAGAUGAAAGGGAUAAUAUUACUGCUUCUCCAAAGGGUGAAGAAAAGUAG